ACUUAUCAAUACCGUAUCACACAUUCACACGAUCACGCUGCAAAGAACGGUUUGCUGAACAGUUCGUUAUUUUAACUCGAGGCCCCGCUUUCUUCAAAACCGAGCUGUCCACCCUGCUUACGCAUACCCGCGGCGGGGACACGCGACACCACCACCCGCCUCGGCGCCUCCUCCCUCCUUCCGCCCAUCGACCGAUCGUUUCUUCGCGGCCUUCCGCUGAGUCAGAUCCCACUCAACCCCCGGCCCAAACCCUACCCACCUUCGCGAAGCAGCCAUGAUGGCAGCCGAGCCGUCGUCGGCCGCCUCCGCCGCGGCGGACGACCUCGAAACCCUCGCGCUCGACUCGUCCUCGUCCACCGCCGCCACCGCGUCGGCCUCCACCGACCCUCUCCUCCGACCGCCUCCCUCCCAGAACGCCGCCGGAAACCACGACGCCUUCGUCAUCGACGACUUCCUCGAGGAGGACGACUUCUCGCCCGCCCCGGCGCCCAGCGUCGCCCGCCAGCCCGCCCCGCGCGGCGACGCCGCGCCCUCGGUGUUCGCCAAAAUCACCGUGUCCGAUCCGAAGAAGCACGCGGAGCCCGCCGCUGGCGGCGUGAUCCCGGGCUCCGGGAGCUACUUCACCUACCUCAUCACCACCCGCCUCGCGGGCGGCGGCGGGGAGGUCCGCGUGCGGCGGCGCUUCCGCGACGUGGUGGCCCUCGCGGACCGCCUCGCCGCGGCCCACAGAGGUCUGUUCGUCCCGGCCCGGCCCGACAAGAGCGUCCUCGAGGGGCAGGUCAUGCAGCGCCACGACUUCGUGAGCCAGCGGUGCGCCGCGCUCCAGCGCUACCUCUGCCGCCUCGCCGCGCACCCAAUUGUCGGCCACAGCCCCGACCUCCGUAUUUUCCUCACCGAGCCUGGUGCCAUCCCCGCCUUCCAGCCCGAGGCGCCGCGAUACUGGACUACCACGGUGAAUGCUGCAGCUCCGCUGGUGCAGGCCAAAUCUGGGAGGGACUUAUUUGGGAUGUUCAAGGGUCUGAAGCAGACUGUGGUGAACGGGCUGGUCUCAACAAAGCCUCCACCUGUGGAGCAGGAGACAGACACAGAAUUCCUGGCGCACAAGGCCAGGCUCGAGGACUUGCAGCAGCAGCUCACCACAACAUCACAGCAGGCUGAAGCACUUGUUAAAGCACAAGAUGAUCUUAGAGAAACUACGGGUCACUUGGGCAUGACACUGAUUAAACUGGCAAAAUUUGAAAGAGAGCAGGCAACAUGUAAUUCCCUGAGAAGACGAGCUGGUGAAAUCCAUAAUUUUGCAAAUUCUGUUUUGAAGAUGAGCAGAUCCCAGAUAAAAUUGAACUCAGAAAUUGUGAAGCACCUGGGUAGUAUCCAUGAGUACUUGGAGGCUAUGAUAUCAGUCAAUCAUGCAUUUACAGAUCGCUCUAAUGCUUUACAUCAUGUGCAAAGUUUGUCAGCAGAUUUGUUUUCCUUGCAUACCAGGGCAGGGAGACUUGAAUCUUCAUCAGCAAGAGAUAUGGGGCAUGAGUGGUCAACAUAUCAGAAGGUAGAGGGAUUGAAAGAAACAAUAAGAGCAACAGAAGCAGCCAAAACUGAUGCACUAAGAGAAUAUGAAAGCAUUAAGGAAGACAACAAGAUUGAAAUAAAAAGAUUUGACAAGGAAAGGCGCCGUGAUUUCACCGAGAUGCUGAAAGGUUUUGUUGUAAAUCAGGCCUCAUAUUCCGACCAUUUUGCUAACAUGUGGACAAAGGUAGCAGAGGAAACGCGGGGGCGGGUGUGGGAGAAGCUGGCGGCCGCGAGAGUGGUGUACCUCGGCGAGGCCGAGCUCGAGCCCGACCCCGACGACCGCGCGCUCGAACUCGAGAUCGUGAGGGGCCUCACGGGCCGCUGCGCCGACGCCGGGAGGGGCCUGGCGCUCGCGCUCGAGGCGUUCCCCUGCGACCUGCAGCAGCAGCUCGACCAGUUCAUGGACGGGAGGAUUGAUGGCAGAAUCUUAAAGCUGUACACAUCGCACUGGCCGCAGGAGCUCUGGCAGCAGUAUGAACCUCUUCUGAAUUAUUGUCGUGAUACUGGAAUUAAGCUUAUUGCUUGUGGAACGCCACUGGAGGUAAAAAGAACUGUCCAAGCAGAUGGGAUUAGAGCUCUCACAAAAGCCGAAAGAGAAGCAUAUGCCCCUCCAGCUGGCUCAGGCUUCAUCUCUGGUUUCAUGUUUGGCUCAGGCCGGUCAUUAAUAGACAAGAUCUCAUCAAUGGACGACUCUCUGUUUGGCACUACCUCAUAUUUAUUAGAACAGACAAGAGUAGUUGAUGAUUAUACCAUUUCCCAGAUUAUUACGAAAGAACUUAAUGAUGGAGAUCAUUCACGGUUGCUAAUUGUUGUGACGGGCGCAAGCCACGUUAUGUACGGACCACGAGGAAGUGGUGUUCCUGGCAGAAUAUCUAAAAAGGUGCCAAAGAAAGACCAGGUUGUGGUACUGCUUGAUCCUGAAAGACAGGUUAUAAGGAAUGAAGGUGAAGUCCCUAUUGCUGAUUUCUUAUGGUAUUCAGCGGCUAAACCUUGCACUAGAAAUUGCUUUGACCGUGCUGAAAUUGCUCGAGUUAUGAGUGCUGCUGGUAGGAGGCCCGAAGGUUUACCUCAGGAUCUUCAGAAAGGAAUAGAUCUUGGUGUAGUUUCCCCUGAGAUAUUGCAGAACUUUUUUGACCUUGAGAAGUACCCUGUUAUGACAGAACUGAUUCAUCGAUUUCAAGGUUUCCGAGAAAGAUUGUUGGCAGACCCUAAAUUCCUUCAAAGAUUAGCUAUUGAAGAGGCUAUAUCAAUAACGACAACUCUACUAGCGCAGUAUGAAAGACGGAAAGGAAGAUUUUUUGAAGAAAUUGACUAUGUCCUCACAGAUACUAUAAGAGGAUCCGUCGUUGAUUUCUUUACAGUGUGGCUUCCUGCUCCUACUAUUUCAGUCCUUCAAUAUGCUGAUGAUGGUUCUGGUCAGAGUUUGGAGUUUGUCAGAGGCCUUUUAGGAUCAUUGCCAGAUAACGCGUUCCAAAAGAAUAUCCUGGGUCAGGAUUGGAGUAUCAAGCAAAGAAUUGCAGCAGUGUUAGUUGGUGGUUUGAAACUUGCCAGUGUAGGUUUCAUUUCUAGUGUUGGGGCUGGAGUUUCCUCAGAUCUGGUUUAUGCUGCCAGAGGAAUAGUGAAACCUUCAGAAAAAGUGGAAUCAGGAAGGAAGAGAUCUCCUAUCUGGAAGUCAGCAGCUGUUUAUAGUUGCUUUCUUGGAACAUCAGCAAAUUUGCGGUAUCAGAUUAUUGCUGGUCUAGUGGAGUAUCGGCUAGGAGAGAGCCUUGUGACAUAUUACAAUCAACCACUUAUUGCUGGUUUGUUGUCCUUCAUUGCGAGGACAUUGAACUCAUACUGGGGAACACAGCAAUGGGUUGAUCUUGCGCGAUACACUGGGCUACAGAAGAUUGAGGAAAAGCCUCCUGGUGAGGCCACCACCCCACCUGAACCGGCACACUUGGAUGCUUGUACGACUGAAGGACAUAAUUUGGAUGACAGUAGUAAUAACACCAAUGAAUCAAGUGGUCCGAGCUAGUGAUUUGGUUACUUCGCGGAGGCUGAAGAUCACAUAGCCUAUACUUUCAUAGACAGUGAAAGAGGCCACCAUCUACGAGAUUGAGCCUCACUCCUGGGAUCUCAAGGAGUGGAAAUUUGAGGAAAUAUUAGCCACAUGCAUUUAUUCAUUUUCUUUUUCAGUGCCCCCAACAGCGUGCACACAGCGUUUCUUGUUUCUAUUUCUAGAGUAAAUAUUGUUUUGUAGUGUCAAAAAGUAAAUAUUGUUUGUACUUUGUCCAUCUGUAAGAACUCUUGCAGUCCCUAGAGGAUUUGCCGCAACGAGGGGCUGUAGCCUGUAUAGCAUAGCAUUUUAUUUAUUCUGGUUUAGGAUGAAUAAUAGUGACACUAGAAAGUUCGACUGGUAAGUCCUGCAAAAGAAGUUUGGCAGGUCCGGCUGUUGCAAAUGGUUCUUUGAGCCCUCUAUAGAUCCAUAUGUUUCAGAGUGUGAGCAAGUUCUCUUCGUCAUCUUUCAGAGAAAUAAGAAAUAUGCCAUCUCUGUCCUGCAGAACAAAGUUAUCAAGAAGACUUGCAGAAGUGAAGGUGGUAGGUGUUACACUGAGGUUUUGGAAUGGCGAGAGCACAGGCUAUGGGGCAAGGAGAACAAGAUCACUUCGUUCUGAAGAGCGGGCACACCAUCCCAGCUGUUGGGCUUGGCACUUGGAGAGCCGGCUCAGAUACCGCUCACUCUGUUACGACAGCCAUCACUGAGGCUGGGUGUAGGCAUGUGGACCCAGCUGCUCAGUACGGAGUAGAAAAGGAGGUCGGUAAAGGACUGAAAGCUGCAAUGGAGGCUGGGAUCAGCAGUAAAGAUUUGUUUGUAACAUCAAAACUAUGGUGCACAGACUUGGUUCCUGAUAAGAUUCGGCCAGCGCUACAAAAGACGCUCAAGGAUUUGCAGCUGGAUUAUAUCGAUCUCUACCUUGUAAGAAACCUAAACCGAUGGCUUUCUAUUGUUUCAACUUUCUUA